AUGGAAUUUGACGGAAGUGAGGACGAGGCAGAUAAUGCCUCUGGUGGUGAAAGGGGCGAAAAUCAAGAGGCAGAGGACAGGGAUGGUUCUUCAGAGUUCGAUUCAUUUAGCGAAGAGGAGGAAGAAGAACCGCAUAACGUUGUAACACAGAAGGAUGUUUUUGGCAGUGACACAGAGUCUGAGGGACAUGCCUCUCCGAGGCAAGGUACUUCACCUACCAAAUCGCGAAAUAAAGAGGAUGGGUCAAGCUCCAAGCCGGCUCCUCCAAUUGACGAAGAACUCUCAGACCAGUCUGAUCUGGAAUCCCAUUCUGAUAGAUCGGCUAGCCCUGAGGUUCAGCCGGCAUCGCCUGAAGUGCAGUCUAGCGUAGAUGAGGAUGUGGAGGAGGAAGAAGACAGGCAACCGCGACAUAUUCCAUCCACUUCAUCGUCUAGAGUUGGUUCGCGUCUUAGACCUUUAAAUGAUGACUCAGAUGAUGAAGGUGAUGAUGAAAAUGAUGCGGAACACCAUGAAGCGCCUAAUGAGGACGAAGAUGAGGAAGAGGGCGAUCAUGAACCUCGUGAUGGCGAUGGUAAUGAGCCUGCGGAGGAGGACGACGAAGACGCUCAUGAACCCGAUGAAACCAGAAUCGCAGUAGAUUUCCCCCUGAUCCGAGCUGAUUUGGGCAAGGAAAUGCAUUUGGUCAAGAUGCCCAAUUUUUUGUCCGUCGAAACUCGCCCCUUCGAUCCAAAUUUCUACGAAGAUGAGCUUGAUGAGGAUGAAGUUUUGGACGAAGAGGGACGGACGAGACUCAAACUGAAGGUCGAAAACACCAUCCGCUGGCGUGUUGCAAAGACCGAUGCUGGUGACGUGGUUCAUGAGUCCAACGCACGCAUCGUGCGUUGGUCUGACGGGUCGUUGUCGCUUCAUCUGGGCGAUGAAAUCUUUGAUAUUCACAAAGUGGACAUUCAUGCGGACUAUAAUUACCUAUUCAUUCGUGAAGGAAGUGGUCUGCAGGGGCAGUCCAGUCUGAGAACGAAGCUUACAUUCAGGCCACAUUCGACAGACUCAUUCACGCAUCGAAAAAUCACAUUAUCGCUGGCCGACAAAACAAAUAAAUCCCAAAAGGUCAAAAUCCUCCCGGUUGCUGGUGCGGAUCCUGAAUCCAACAGAAUCGCCCUCGUCAAACGGGAAGAAGAGAAACUUCGUGUGACUCUCCGUCGUGAAAGUCGAAUGCGGCGUCUGCGCGAACGACAAGCCAUGACUCGAGGUAGCUUCGGUGGGGGGUCCAGCAGUUCACAUCGUCAUUACGGUGGGGAUGAGGAUGAUGACGAAGAUGAUGGUAACAGCACCUCCAUUAACGCGUUGAAGCGGAAUGCGAAGAAUGCACUGGCUGCCAGUCGCAAAGAUGUUGCUGCGAUCUACUCAUCAGAAUCGGACUCCCUGAGUGACAUCUCCGAGCCACGAAAGAAAGUUCGUGCACGUAUCAGUGACGAGGAUGACAGUGCUUG